AUGGCGCUGAAGGCGAACAACGAUCGCACAGGGUGCACUUGCCGGUGCAAUGCUGCGCAAUUCACCGUCUCGUAUUUGGCGAUGUCUUUGCCGCCGGAUUACGGUCCACGUUCCAAGCGAGAAUGGGACGUCCGGAGCUUCGAUUUUCUCGACCGCCGCUUCCUCGUCGUCACUCAUCCUCCACGAAGCGCACCUCUGGCGAAGACGCAGCGAAAAUUUUAGAGACGAACCAGGGGACAUGAACAAACAGCUGAUCAGGUCGGACCGGACCGGAAUGGUUCAGACCGGAGCGGACAGAUAGACAUGUCUCGGCUGGUUUGGCCAGACAUAGCCAGCCAUCGUGGCGAAAAGGUGAUCCUGCCCAGGAAGAACAAGGCCAAGUCCGGCUUGCAGGUUCACAGCAACUUCUGGACCAGAUCCGAACGAAACUACCGCAACGUACACUUCCUGCUGGUCAACAGCAGGACGCUGAAAAAAGCAGGCAAAGACGGUGGCUCGGUUUCUGAAAGCAAGGUCGGAUUUGAUAUCCUGUCUUGCUUUUCGGAACGAGCACGCUCUUUCGACCGUGCGAUCAUAAUGUCGCCGCACCCAGUGGACACGGAGGGUGAUUGUCAGGCAGUCGCCCAUCAGCGGGCGAUUGUUCGCACAAACGCGCGUCAGGCCGCCUCUAAACUCUUCUGUCAUGACUCGACACUCGUCCGGUCGCCCUCCUCCAGCAGCUCUUCUUGUCCGUCCUCGCCGCUCGCCGCUGCCGCUGCCGCUACCGCCGCCGUCGCCCCCGCCUCGUCGUCAAAUCGUCUCUCAAAUCCCAAAGGAGGGGAGCCGUCGUGCGGAGUCGAUGUGACGACCGCGCUGACCAGCAGCAGUCGUCCUCGGUCGUCACGUCAGCUCACCUCAUCACGCAACCUCAGGUGUGAUCCGUCCGUCCUUCCGUCCGCCGCCGCCUCAGCAGUCAUGGCCCUCAUGAAGGCUUUCUCGUUUAUCGAGUGGAUGCGACACGUCUCCGGACAAGGUAAGCUCGGUCGGCGGCCUGCUUGCGUCGUAGCUGUUUUUCGUCGCCUUCCGUUGGCCGUAGUCCACCAUGCCGUCCACCAUGGCGAAUAUAGCUUAGGCCUAAAUUCGUGA